GCCAAAAUUAAGAUGAAUCCUCCCAUUUGUCGGUAAUUAGACAAACUAAAAUGAUUCGUUUCGUCUUAAUCGGAACCAAUUCUAGUCUUGGUCUUUCUAUUUUCUUCGCAAGUAAGAAAAGCCCUCUCUCGUUCGGUUUCGGUCGAGCAUGGCUGAUCCUUCUAGACCAGUCACUGGCUACCCAACCGCCAACGGAUACCCCGCUCCCCCACCAGGAAGCGUCUACCCGUACCAAGCUCCUCCACCGCAAAAUCCGUCACAUGCCUACUAUUACAAUGCCCCGCCGCCUCCCGAUCCCCGUAGCGCCUUCUUCCGCCGAUUCUGCUUGAUUAUCGUCGCUCUCACCGUUAUAUUCGCAACAGUACUCUUCAUCUACUGGCUUAUCAUCCGCCCCACCGUCCCCGAGUUCCGAGUCGACUCGCUUUCUGUCUCCAAUUUCAAUGUCACUUCAUCCUCUCAGACCGUCACCGGCAGCUGGUACCUGCGGUUGCAGGUCUAUAAUACCAACCGGAGAAUGACUGUCUCCUACGAUGAUGUCAGGCCCUCGAUCUUUUACGAGACGGAGUCCCUUGUCGAGACCAGAAUCCCGCCGUUCCAGCAAGGGAAGAAGAACCAGACGUUUGUGGAUGCGAGUUUCUCGGCAACGAAUUCUUACGUUGAUCGUUGGGUGGUGGAUGGAAUCAGUGCGGACAGGGCUCGUGGCAAUGUAAGCUUCAAUGUGAAGGUUGUGGCAGUGGUUAAUUUUAGGACCGGUGCGUGGAGGGCCAGGGCGCGAGUGCUUAGGGUUUAUUGCCGCGAUGUGCCAGUGGGGAUCACGGCAAGCAGUAGAUCGGGGAAAUUGGUUGGUGGAGCACGGGAAUGCAGGGUCGGUGUGUGAACAAUUCUAGGUUUCCUUUCUUUGGACUCUUAGGGUGGGGUGGGGUUAGUGGUGGUUUGCAUUCAAGCUGGAUAAUUCAAGACAAUCAAAUUGUGUUGUCUAAUUGCGUGACGGUUAAGAUGGUAGGGAACUGUGGAAGGAAAGAACCCUUGGGCUACCAAACAGGGGAAUGUUUGGCGUAAUAGGGUGACUAUUUUAUGCAUAUCUUACUUACAUGCCUAGUACCUUUGUCUUCUCCUCUCCUGGUACUCUGAUCGUGCAGUUUAUAUUUCUCAAGCGUCUCCCACAGUCCCACUUCUCUGAUAAUACUAUUUGAGUAGCAUCAUGACUUUAUGAUCUAGGUUAAUUGUGUUAGUAAGUAAAUAUUGCAGGUAAUGGUACCCACAUUGUUAUUAAUAUAUGUGUAUCCAAAGCUUAUGCGGCUACAAGCUUCAUCAGAUUUGGAAGGUAAUAGUGAAAACCAGAUGCUCUUUAGCCUUUCGAUUAACACAUUGAGACUCUUUGGAGAAUACCUUGGGUAAGCUGUGCAGACCAUCUGAUCAUGAAAAAAGACUUGGGAGAUUAUUAACAUUUUGGGCUAGCUAGGUUUUUAUGCACUGCUACGUAGAACCACCAUUAUCAACUUGUCAAUGGAUAUUUCUUACUGCUAAACAAAUGGAGUUUAGCAAACCCUGUGGCGUUAUUCCAAGACUAGGUGAGUAUAGAGUUUGGUGUAUUGUUUCUCAGGUGCACCUGGCUGAGUCAAUACUAAUCAAGUGGAGAACGUGCAAAUAGCCUAACAUAGCAGCCGACUGGUAAAACUUUCAUUGAGCUAAUUUUAUAAAUUGUAGCAAUUCUUCUCAUUUCUUGAGCAGGUCAAAUUAUUGAAGCAUAAGUAUGGCAUGCCCUUUUGGUGUUCAAGUUAAUAAAUCUCAGAUACUUAGGUGAUUGCAUUGUUGCAGUGUUGCACAGUGAUUGUUAACUACUUUUUUUUUUCCCUGUGAUUUGAUUGCUAUCAUUUCAAAUAUUUGCUAGGGAAAGAACAUAGCAUCUUAUGUUUUUCUCUAGUUUUGAUGGUCCUUAGUAUUAAGGAAACAAUUUAGUGAUGAUUUUUUUGGGCAAGUGGUUACACCUAUGGCAUUGGACAGACGAGAAUCAGUUCAUUGGCUCGUUAAAUCGUUAUGGUAUGUUUUGUUCGAAUGAGUAUUGAUGAAUAGUGUGCUAGAUGGUCAUUAGUAACAGUGCCAAAAGCACCACAGUGGUUUUCGUGAUUUGGGCUUAUGAAACUGAGGUCACAAUGAAGUUGUGUGUCCUCUCGCAAAUUGGUGCACUCUCUCUCUAACUUGAUGAGUUUUU